UUUUACACAGUACCUACACACACGCGCGCGCACGGAAACCGUAGUGUUUACGCGUUUUUGGUCAAUUGUUAAUUUCAUUGUAUUAUUACUUAUUACCUAUUAUUAUUUGGUGCCCGUUUGUAUUGAUAUAUUGUUGUUUUAUUAUUUUAAUAAUAUUAAAGUUACUGUACACCGCGUUAACGCGACGUCGAACUGUCGAAACCGUUUGUUGUCGUGACUUGUGGUCACGUCUGUUGAAGUGUUGAAGGUGUUGUACCAUUGUACCGCUGUCCGAGUUGUCACUCGCCGUAUAGGUACAACUCAAUACUACUGUACAUCCUGCAUCAAGACACUCGAGUAUUUGAUUGUAUUAUUAAAUGGGUAAAACAUGAUUUACAUCAGAGAAAAAAUGUUUUGCCAAAACUAAUGGAACAUGUACGAUUGCCAUUAUUAAGGCCUGAUAUUUUAGAUAAUGUGGUGGAAGAACCUCUUCUGAAUAAUAGUCCUAAAUGUAGAGAUUAUGUAUUUGAAGCAAUGCGCUUUCAUCUAAAAAAAUCAGUUCAGCAAUUCACCAUGCCAAAAACAAUUAGUUGUACACCUAGACAAUUUGGUGGUUCUCAAAAAGUUAUCCUAAUGUUCAAUCAGUCUGAUACAUUUCCAAAGUGUUAUACAGAAUGGUAUGACCCAGUAACAAAUCUACGAGAGAAUGCACCAGGGAUAAAUGAUAGUCGUCGGUUGGCUGAUCUUGGUGUAAUAAGAGAUAAAUUUGUGUUUUCUGUGGGUGGUAAAUCUAAAUCUGUUUUUAUGCUUGAUGUAUCUUUAAAAUCACCAUCUUGGGUUCCAAUGGUCGACAUGUUAGUUAGUCGAGAUUGGUUAGGAGUCGGAGUAUUAGGUGAUUUCAUAUAUGCUGUUGGUGGACGUGAUGUCUACCAUACUUUAGAUAGUGUAGAGGUCUUUGAUGUCAGUAUUCAAAAAUGGCAAAUGGUUUCGAGUAUGUCAUUUAAAAGAAGAAGGGUUGGUGUUGGUGUACUCAAUAAUCAUUUAUAUGUGGUUGGAGGUCAUAAUAGCAGUGAAAAGAAUUUAAAAUCUGUAGAAUAUUAUGAUCCUACAGUUGACGCAUGGGCGCCAGUUGCAGUAGGUGUCUUGGAUGGGCUUAUGUAUGCUAUUGGUGGUUAUAAUGGUCAUGAGUGGCUUAAAAGCGUUGAGGUUUAUAGACCGAGUGAUGGAGUUUGGUCUGCUGUAGCUGACAUGGAAAUAUGCCGAUUUCGUCCUGGAGUAGUGGCAUUAAAUGGCUUAUUGUAUGUUAUGGGCGGAGAAUAUGAUGAAUCUAUGAAGGAUACUGUAGAAAUUUACAACCCCAACACCAAUACUUGGACCAUGGAGAGAUUGUCAAGAAAUGGAGGACGAAUUUACAGUGGAGUAGUUGUUGAUAGACCACCAAAUUUUAUUAACUAAUCUCGGCAUACAUAAUAGUCUCAUUGUUAGUAGUAAUGUGAACAUAUUUAUGUAUAAUUUAUGACAAAACGUGUAUUGUUCUAU